AUUAUUCCAGUCAAACUGUCUCAGUGGUCGAGUGAUUACAGUUGUUGACUGCUAAUCAUUGUUUUUUCAUUGAUGGAUGGGUUACGGGUUCCAGCCCUGCUGCGACCGUACUCUUUACGUGAGACAGUAGGGCAGUUGCCGGUGGAAGUUGGUAUCUUGUAUUGGUUUCCACCAAGGAACAAUGGGAAUUCCUGCAAGAGUGUGGCACAGCGCCUCCUUAUAGCUCCAAAUAUAUGUACUACAAGUCCUCUGGAAAAUGCCACUAACCUGAACAAUCUUACAGCAGAUGUUGCCACACAAACAGAUUUCAUAGCUGGGCCUGACCAAACAGAGGAUGACAGGAUUUUUCUUGCACCAAAAAGAGAAUUACAGGAGGGUGCUAGUAGGUCAGCAGAGUUGAUUCACCAGACAGCUUUGAAAAGAUUGAGACAGUAUGCCCCGCUUUCAAGAACAGAGAAAGCGUGCCUUAUCGACCUGAUAUAUAAUGCUACACCACAGCAGAUGGCCAGAACAAUGAUGGGUAUAACUUCACUUGGAGAAGAACUGAGAAAUAUAGUGUUAUUUGAUCUUGAGAUGGAGGCACAAGAGUGUGCAAACAAGGGAAGUGCACUGUACUUGAAACACUUUGACAACUUAAUCAAAUUUAGAUGGGAAAACAUCAUAAAUGAAAUGGUCAAAAAACAAAGUUUCCUUGCUCAGGUGCUCCUUACCAUCACUUUACCUAGAAAUAAGAUAGGUGACAGUAAAAGGACCCAAGACCUCGUCCCAGUGUUGGGGACAGCGUAUGCGAUCCUGAUGAAACAGAGAUACUCUGCUCUGUCUGGUGUACAGAAGAUGAUCUCAGUAGCAUUAGCAAAUGAACAAACACACCAGAAGGUCUAUGAUCAACUCCAACCAUUGGGGAUCACACUAUGCCACCAGAGUAUGCUGGACACGAUGACCUCAAUAUCUGGGACAUUCAAUUCUAAAUUGAUAGACAGUUUGAAAUCAGGAAAACGCUUUCGUUUAGUGGGGGACAACAUAAACUUCAAGAUGGGUGUUUCACAAGAGCGUAAAAGUGUGGGGAAAGUAGGUCAUAUUCAACACUGGUUUGGAUCUGCAGCUAUUGUCCAAAACGUCAACUUCCAGGCUAUGGAUAAUGAUAUUCCACAGUGUGAUCUCCGCCUUUUGCCUACAGAAACAUUUAUCAUAUGUGAGGAAGAAUUGCAGGAAAUUUCAAAUAAUUUCUCCGUUCUUUCUUCAAGAGUUCUCGUGGAAUUUUUCCCAUGGCUGAAGCCCUCCACUGCUUGUGUGAAUGAAGCUAUUGCUGUUGUCCCACAGGAUCUGAAAAAAAAGAAUACCAUCAUACCAUUACCAAUUAUGCAUAAAAAUCAGUCUUCGAAUUAGACUAUAAGCCCGAAGCCCGAGUCGAUUCUUGGGACGGUCGGUCGAUAAUAAAUGCAUUUUAAAUAGCCCGAUUGGUCGAAUAAAUAUUUGAGCGUAAAAUUGUCAACAAAGUGAAAAAAAUACAUCAACACCGGUCAGCCACUUUGUGUUAAAGAUAUAAUCAAUGGAAGAAGUCGGUACAAGUCGUUAGCCAAUCAACACGUUUGUGUUCCACUCUUACAUAGACUCCUGAGAUGGACGAUUUUAUUGGCAGUUUUUGAAUGGUUAGCGGAUAGCGCGGACAUGAUCGGUAACUGACAAAAAAUCAUCGCUACUUUCCGAAAAUCGUAAGAGUCAGCGAAAAGUUGCAACUGAAAAAUUGAUCGAUUAGCAAAAUAAAGCACUGCAGUUGCAUAUAGUUAAGCAAUAUGUUAACAAAAUUAUAUAUUUAUUACGUAUUUGCUAGGUAAGUGGUUUUCAUUUUCUGGAAUCUAACGAUAUGCACAUUUUAUUUUAUGUGCAAAACACAUACAUUUUUUCGGAACGUCGUGUUCGGAUACAGUAUUUUUGUCGACUUUAAUUUAUUUUCGACGUUCUUUAUGAACAUUUCUAUAGUAUGACGAAUACACAUGCGGUGAUACGAAUGGUAUGAUUUAUAAAAUUUCGCAUUGUAUUCACCAGAAAUUGCAACUAGAAAGACUUAAAAAGUACAAUUAGUUAGGGCUCGGGGCGCUUACAAAACUCUGAAAGUUUUUUUUUAUGAUUAAGGACAAAUGUCCUGAAAAAAAUGACCAUUUAGGACACCUGUCCUGAGGAAAUUGUGACCAAUGAUACAAUCUGAAACACUGAGAUAUGGAGAUGUCCGCGGAGCAUGUCUUUGCUGUUGUUAUCAAAAAUGAAUAAUACAUGUUGUACUCAUUAGAAGUAUUUUUUUCUGAUUGGAAAAGGAUAUUUUUGUUGUUCCUGGCCAAAAGUCAUAACUUUUAUGUUAACCUUUUCGGGCUAUUGAAAAUGUUUUCGGGCUAUUAUUUUUUUUUAUCUGAUUAGCCCGAAGGGCUAUUGGUCUAAAAUAUUUAGCGUGAAGACUGAUAAAAAUGAACAAAAAUAUGCUGAUGUUGUUGAUAUUUUAGACUCU